UUGUCAAUUACUCAUUUUUGGGAACAUUAUGGGAUCAAAUGGUGUUCAGGAAGGGACCUCUACUGGAAAUCAACUACCCACUCAAGUUCCUAUAGAUCUGACUAGUGUGUUCUAUGUUCAUCCAUCUGAAAGUGCUGGAUCCACAAUUGUUUCAGUCCUUUUCGAUGGAUCUGGGUAUCGUUCAUGGAGACGAGCUGUUCUUCGAGGACUGUCUGUAAAGAAUAAAACUGGAUUCAUAAACGGCAAGGUGUUGAAGCCACCUCUUGAUUCACCUGGUUUUUCUCAAUGGGAAAGGUGUGAUGAUAUGGUCACGUCUUGGAUUUUGAAUUCUCUGUCUAAGGAUCUCAGGGACAGUCUGCAGUAUGUUGAUAAUGCAAAAGAACUUUGGGAUGAAUUGGAGGACAGGUAUGAUCAACCAAAUGGAGCGAAAUUAUAUCAACUACAACGUGAACUCAAUGAUCUUAGUCAGGGGAAUCUCGAUAUAACUGGGUACUACACCAGGAUAAAGAAGUUGUGGGAAGAGCUUAGCACUUUGGACACCAAUUCACAAUGCACAUGUUUGUGCACAUGUGGUGGAAAGUCGAAGAUGCACAAAGCUGAACUUGACAGGAGACUAAUACAGUUCCUCAUGGGACUAAAUGAGGUAUAUACUAUUGUGAGAGGAAGCAUAUUGAUGAUGAACCCACUACCUACUAUGGCCCAAGCUUUUUCUAUCCUUGUUCAGGAAGAGAGACAAAGGGAAGUCAAACCUCAUAACAAACCUCAUAUGGACUCAAGCUCUUUUCAUGUGAAUGCCGCUAGCACCAGUUCUGGUUUCAGAACCAACUAUACUCCUCAUAAAAACAAUGUGGGCACCAGCAGGCCCUCAAGCAAGUCAAAUCUCUUUUGUGAUUAUUGUAAGAAGACUGGUCACAUCAGAGAAAAGUGUUACAGGCUUCAUGGUUUCCCUCCAGAUUUUAAGUUCACCAAAGGUAGAAAUGCAGGAACAGCAGCUAAUGCAAAUGGUUUUUCUGAGGAUAUGUUGGGAGAUAUUUUUGAGAAAGGUCAUGAUGUGGGAAAAGGCAAAGGAAAGUUGCAUGAACAGUCAAAUUCAAUGUUAACCAAGCAGCAGUUCAACCAACUUGUGAACUUAUUGGAUCACAUUCAAGUUCAAGGAGGCACCAAUACUAGCAGCACUGCACAUGAGGAUGCAAGUAAUUUCAAUGGUGGAGCUGUCAACUUUGCAGGGCCCUUCACAGAAGAGCCCUCUGGAGAUUGGUAGAGCACAAAAUGGACUCUAUUUUCUGUGCGCAAGAUGUCACAC